CUUUCAUCAAAUCUAUAUAUAACUAUAAUCCAGCGUUGUGCAUAUACCAGUGCUAGUGAAAUAAUGGUGAGGUGUAAAAAGCUAUACGGAGAGGAACUUCCACUAGUUCUCUCAGACCCUGUAGUAUUUGAGAUUAAUCAUUUGCAAAACCAAUUCAAAGAAAAAGUUAAGGAGCUAACAACUUGCCAGAAUGAAAUCAAAACAUUCAAGGCAACUGAAUCACUUAAGGAUAAGGCCAUACAAAAGUUGAGAAAUGAAACUUGUAAACUUGAUGAAAGACUUCUAGUUACCGAGGAUCAUCUUAAGCAAAAGAAUCUAGAAAUCAAGAAACUGAGAGAUGACAAGAAAGAAGCAUUGGCUGCAAAAUAUGCAGCAGAAGCAACACUUAGAAGGGUACAUGCGAAUCAAAAGAAUGAAGAUUAUGUUCCAAUUGAUAAUAGUGUCAUUGCUAAUGGCGCAACGGCUAACAUUGUUCGCGAUUACCAAAGACAGAUUUCUGAAUUGCAAGAGGAGAAAAGGACACUUGAGAGGGAACUAGCAAGAGCAAAAGUUUCGGCGAAUAGAAUUGCAAAUGUUGUGGCUAAUGAGUGGAAGGAUGAAAGCCUUAAGGCCUUGCCUCCAAGGCAAUGGCAAGAAGAGAAAAGGAUUCUGAAGAAAGAGAUGCAACGGUUGAAAGAUAAGAUAGCUAAAUCAGAGAGAACAGCUAAGGGGGAGUUACAACUGAAGGAAAAACUAAAAGUGAGGCUAAAAACACUUGAAGAAGGUUUAAAACAUUUUUCAAGUUACUCCAACACUUCAAAUGUGUUUUCUUGGACUCCAAAAGUCGAAAGUCCUAUGAAAAUGAAUUACACUUCUGCAGACAUGAGUUUAAACUGCUUCAAUGAUGAAAGUGAAGCAGCAGAAAUUGGAAACAUUGCUGAUUUGGAUGAAGAAGACUUCCAAAGCAAGAAACCAAAUGAUUCAGGUGGUGACGAUUUGGUUUCGGGUUUUCUAUAUGUUAGGCUGCAAAAAGAGGUUAUCAAAUUGAGGAAAUCUUGUGUGACCAAAGAUAGUAGUUUGCAAGAUAAAGAUGAAGAAAUUAAGGUGCUCAUGAAGAAAGUCGUUGCACUGAGCAAGGUCAUGGAAGUAGAGAGGAAGAAAAUGAAAAGAGAAAAGGAGAUUUCAUCUACGAAGUCAUCACCAGAUGAUAACAUGAAAAACAGAAACACAAACUCCUCCAAAAGGGCCAUGAAAGAACGUUGACAAAUCAUUAUCUGAAGAUAGUCAAAUGCAUUUCGUUUAUCCACUGCUUCUUGUGAUUUUUCCUUGUAAAUACAAAACAUUUGGAGUUCCGGAAUUUGAUUAAGUACAAAGACAAGUGUUCAAUUUUUACCUGUAAAUUUGUACAAAGAAUAGUGUUUAGAAAAUGCGAGUUUUAUACAAUGUUUAAGUUUUUCAAAUGCAUCAUCAUGGAAUUGAAGACGAGUGUUCGAGCUUGCAGCAAAAACACAUGUGUGUGUAUGUGUAUAUCUUUCUUUUUCUGCAACAUUUGCCGCAUGAAAAUGUCUAUAUCGAAGAGAAUUUCACGAGUCUCAAUUUCAUACAUUGACGCUUAUAACUCAAGAAAAUAUUUUUUUCAUGAAAAUAAAUAAUGUUUCAUUAUCACUUCAAUCAUGGCAAAAAAAAAAGUGUCAAUGUUUUGAUACUUGUUGAAGCUGCACAAGCUUUCAGAAGCUGCACAAGCAUUUAGAAGCUGCAUUCAAAAGAUGAACACCGUAGCUUAGUGUAGUCUUGCCAUAUCAUAUCCCACCUAAGUUAAAGUCUUGCCAUAUCAUAACACAUUUGGACUAUCAUGCAUGGGCGAGAUCCAUGCGACGUGCGCUAGGAGGAAAGAACGAAUUUGAAUUUGUUGAUGGUUUCAUUCCAGUUCCAGAGGAUUUUGAUCCAAAUUUUAAAGCUUAGAAUCGCUGCAACAUGUUAGUCCACACGUGGAUUAUGAACUCAGUAGAAGAAUCCAUAGCACAAAGUAUCACUUUUCUUGAAAACAACAUUGAUGUUUGGAAGAAACUCGGGGAACGUUUUUCACAAGUUGUAUCAAUAGUUAAAUUAAAUAAGGGUAAUGCUAACUUGUCCGACAAUACGUGUAUAUGACACACAUACAGGCAGUGUCCGACAAUACGUGUCAAACACUUAUAUGACACACAUAGGAUGUGUUAAACACUUGCUUCGACUCAUUAACUCGGCGUUCAACACCCGUAUGACUAACAUACGGUUUCCUCAAAGAAAACCAAACCAUAUUUCAAUCCAACUCGUUAAUUGCAAG